GGCCAUGUUGUUUAGCCACUCAGUGUUUGCUUCAUGUUUUAGCUCACAACUUGGCAAUAAGCGUGUGCUAGCUCCGAGCUAUUUGGGUUUAUUUGGCGUGUCUGCAUUCAACCAACGCUUUAUUACAAUCCAAGGAACAUUUACGGGUUUUCCAUCGAACAGGCUUUACCGUGGAAUGAGCGUUCCAUGCAGCAUCCUAGGUAUGAAUGACGUGGCCUGGCAGGAGACAAGAGGUGGGAUGCUGCAUGCAAAUGGCGCUCCUGAGUCCGUAGGUGUCAGAGUUCACGUUGGAGUAGCUGGACAAGCUGCUGUAGUCCCACAUUUACAGGGAAUGGAAAGGGUUGUUCACCCUACCCCGGGUACCCCGCAGCCUCCACUGAGUGGACGGUCUCAGGAUGACGCCACCGUUGGAUACUUCUUUCAGAGGCAGCCCGGGGAGCAGCUUGGAGGUUGCACACCCAGCAAGCAUCGCUGGCCAACUGGUGAUGCUAAUCAUGUUGAUCAGGUCCGUGCUGCAGAUGAAAUGAACUACGACUUCCAGGCUCUUGCUUUGGAGUCGAGGGGCAUGGGAGAGCAUCUGCCAGCAAAAAAGCUCUGGGAUUCUGAUGAGCUGGCCAAGGAUGGAAGGAAAGGGAUGCUUCUUGGAGAGGAGUGGAGGGACAAUGCAUGGGGAACAUCACAUCAUUCAGUGUCUCAGCCAAUCAUGGUGCAGCGGCGACCAGGCCAGAGUUUCCAUGGGAAUGGUGAUGCCAAUUCUGUGCUUUCACCUCGCUCAGAAGGCGGAGGCUUGGGGGUGAGCAUGGUGGAGUACGUCCUGAGCUCUUCUCCUGGGGACAAGAUGGACGGUCGCUACAGGAAUGGAGGCUAUGGUGGAGCAGAUGUUGAUCAAGAUGGGAGAGAGAAGAUUGAUGUACAAGAGAAAGUAUCCCCCUUUGAAGAGGACAAGAGCCCAGAGAAGGUGGGAGAUGAGAAUGAUCCCGCUAAAGCAAACGGAAGAGGUCUACUAAACGGCAUGGACAGAGACUGCAAAGAUUUCAAUCUGACCCCUGGAAGCCGCCAAGCUUCCCCCACUGAGGCUGUGGAGAGAAUGGGUCCCAGUCAGCCGGGUAUGGAGAUGAUGGCACAGCACCACCAACAUGUCCUCCAACAUCACAACCCCGCACAGAACAAAGGACCUGAGGACUUCCAGAACCAGGAACCCCAGAACAUGGGAGGCAUGGAGCAGCAGGCCGGAGUGGAGUCCCUCCAGUUCGACUACGCCGGGAACCAGAUUCAGGUGGACUCCUCAGGAACUCCAGUAGGAAUGUUUGACUACAACUCCCAGCAGCAGUUGUUCCAGAGAUCAAAUACCCUCACGGUGCAGCAGCUCAGUGCAGCUCAGCAGCAGCAAUAUGCCCUGGCUGCAGCCCAGCAGCAGCAUCUGGCUGGCCUUGCUCCAGCGUUUGUGCCAAACCCUUACAUCAUUAAUGCUGGCCCCCCUGGAACCGACCCCUACACAGCCGCUGGUCUGGCAGCAGCCGCCUCGCUUGCAGGCCCCACAGUGGUCCCUCCACAGUACUAUGGUGUUCCCUGGGGCGUGUACCCGGCCAACCUUUUCCAGCAGCAGGCUGCCUCAAAUGCCAAUCACUCAGCUAAUCAGCAAGCAUCCAAUCAGGGACAAGGGCCAGGCCAACAGCAGGUGAUGCGGCAGGGAAACAACCAGCGGCCCCUCACUCCGGGGCAGGGACAGCAGAGUCAGCAGGAGUCUCUCGCCGCAGCAGCUGCCGCAAACCCUGCGUUGGCGUACGCAGGUAUGUCUGGAUACCAGGUGUUGGCCCCUGCAGCCUAUUAUGACCAGAAUGGGGCCCUUGUGAUGGGCCCAGGUCGAGCUGGCCUAGGUGGUCCCGUUCGUUUAGUCCAGACUCCUCUCCUCCUCAACCCUGCAGCAGCAGCACAAGCUGCAGCUGCGGUGUCAGCUUCUAACUCCGGUAACAACAUGUCUGGUCCUCCAGGCAACGGGCUGUACCGCUCCAUGCCUCAGCAGCAGCAGCAGCAGCAGCAGCAGCAGCAGCAGCAGCAACAACAGCAGCAGCAGCAGCAGCAGCAGCAGCAACAGCAGCAGCAGCAGCAGCAGGCCCCCCCACCCAGCGGCGGGCUGCCCUCCAGCUCCUUCUACGGCUCUGGAUCGGUCCCCAACACUUCUCAGAGCAGCUCCCUCUUCUCACACACCUCAGCUGCGCAGCAACAGAACUCCUCCCUGGGUUUCAGCAACACCGGCGGCUCGCUCGGCGUCGGCCUGGGCUCUGCUCUCGGAGGCUUCGGCUCCUCUGUAUCAAGCUCUACUAGUAGCAGUGUAUCUCGCCGGGACUCCCUGCUGGCAAGUGCUGACCUUUACAAACGCGGUAACAGCAACUUAACUCCCAUCGGCCAGCCCUUUUACAACAGCCUGGGUUACUCCUCUUCGCCCAGCCCCAUUGGCCUCACCCCAGGUCACUCUCCACUCACUCCUCCACCCUCUCUGCCCUCCUCUCAUGGAUCCUCUUCCAGCCUUCACCUAGUAUCCGCUCAUCCUGUUACCCUAGGUGGCCUGACGAAUGGCAGCGGCCGCUACAUCUCUGCAGCGCCUGGAGCUGAGGCCAAGUACCGGAGUGCCGGCGGGACGUCCAGUCUCUUCAAUUCCAGCAGCCAGCUGUUCCCUCCGUCUCGGCCCCGCUACAGUCGCUCUGAUGUCAUGCCGUCCGGACGCAGUCGCCUACUGGAAGACUUCAGGAAUAACCGCUUCCCCAACCUUCAACUCCGUGACUUGCCGGGACACAUGGUGGAGUUCUCUCAGGACCAGCAUGGAUCCAGAUUUAUCCAACAGAAGCUAGAGAGAGCCACUCCAGCUGAGAGGCAGAUGGUUUUCGGAGAGAUUCUGCAAGCAGCAUACCAGCUGAUGACUGAUGUGUUUGGGAACUAUGUCAUACAAAAGUUCUUUGAGUUUGGGAGUGCAGACCAGAAGCUGGCUUUGGCAACACGUAUCCGUGGACACGUCCUUCCCCUGGCUUUGCAGAUGUACGGCUGCAGAGUUAUUCAGAAAGCCCUGGAGUCCAUUUCCUCUGACCAGCAGAGCGACAUUGUCCGCGAGCUGGAUGGCCACGUGUUGAAGUGUGUCAAGGACCAGAAUGGCAACCAUGUGGUGCAGAAGUGUAUCGAGUGCGUCCAGCCUCAGGCCCUACAGUUCAUUAUUGAUGCCUUCCAAGGACAGGUGUUUGUGCUCUCCACACACCCUUAUGGCUGCAGAGUCAUCCAGAGGAUCUUGGAGCACUGCACCCAGGAGCAGACUCUGCCCAUCCUGGAAGAGCUGCAUCAGCACUCUGAACAGCUGGGCCAGAAAUAUCAAGGCGUAUCAUUGGAGAUGACACCCAAAACAUAUUAUACAGUGUCCCGCGAUGCACUGUUCAAGGAUCAGUACGGUAACUACGUCAUUCAGCAUGUUUUGGAGCACGGCAGACCAGAAGACAAGAGCAAGAUCGUCGCAGAGGUUCGCGGAAAGGUUCUUGUCCUCAGCCAACACAAAUUUGCAAGUAACGUUGUGGAGAAGUGUGUGAUCCACUCUUCGCGUGCGGAGAGAGCUCUGCUGAUAGAUGAAGUGUGCUGCCAGAAGGACGGGCCCCACAGCGCCCUGUACACCAUGAUGAAGGACCAGUACGCCAACUAUGUCGUCCAAAGAAUGAUUGACAUGGCAGAACCUGCUCAGCGCAAAAUCAUCAUGCACAAGAUUAUACCAGGUUACACGCCCCGCUGUACAACCAAACCUCAUGCUCUGCUUCUAUAA